GAAGGAAAAAAAAAAACAAGUGUAACAAUGGCUAUUCCAUCUGCAAAUGGAAGAAAGAUUCAAGAAGAUGAAGGGGUGGCUAUUGUUAAUGGAGGUGAGGAAGAUGAUAUGGGAUUUGACCCUUCUGCCCCUCCUCCAUUCAGGGUGGCUGAGAUCAGAGCUGCCAUCCCUAAACAUUGUUGGGUCAAGAAUUCAUGGAGGUCAUUGGCAUAUGUCCUUAGGGACAUUUUGGUCAUUUCCUCUUUGGUUGCUCUUGCUGUGUACUUGAAGAACUUUACUUGGGUUUUCUGGCCACUCUAUUGGGUUGCUCAAGGCACAAUGUUUUGGGCACUCUUUGUUCUUGGUCAUGAUUGUGGACAUGGAAGUUUUUCCAACAGUUCAACCCUUAACAAUAUUGUGGGGCACUUUUUGCAUUCUUCAAUUCUUGUACCUUACCAUGGCUGGCGAAUAAGUCAUAGGACACACCAUCAGAACCAUGGGCAUGUGGAGAACGAUGAAUCAUGGGUUCCGAUUCCUGAGAAGACAUACAAGGGGUUAGAUGCUAAAACAAAGUUCUUUAGAUUCAAAAUCCCUUUCCCGAUGUUCGCGUAUCCACUUUACCUCAUGAAGAGGAGCCCGGGGAAGAGUGGAUCACAUUUCAACCCCUAUAGCGAGUUAUUCUCACCGGAUGAGAGACAUUAUAUUGUGACAUCUACCAUAUGUUGGGGAGUAAUGGUUGUUUUGCUUGUCUAUUUGGCCAAUCUUGUAGGACCACUCCUCUUGUUCAACCUUUAUGGCGUUCCUUAUUUCAUUUUUAUAGCUUGGUUGGAUAUAGUAACAUAUUUGCAUCACCAUGGUUACGAGCAGAAGCUUCCUUGGUACCGUGGCAAGGAAUGGAAUUAUUUAAGGGGAGGGCUUACGACAGUAGAUCGCGAUUAUGGAUUACUUAACAACAUUCACCAUGACAUCGGCACUCAUGUCAUUCAUCACCUCUUCCCUCAAAUCCCGCAUUACCAUUUAAUCGAAGCUACAAAGGCAGCUAAGCCAGUGCUCGGGAAGUACUAUCGAGAGCCUAAAAAGUCUGGAUUGAUACCGGUACAUUUGAUAAAUAACUUGACGAGAAGCAUUCGACAAGACCAUUUUGUUAGUGACGUUGGUGAUAUUGUUUACUAUCAAACGGACGAUGAUAUGAUUGGAAAAAAGAGACAAUGAAAACCCAAAAUUUUGUGAUUUAUUUUUCAAGAUGACUUAGAAGUAUGAUUAUUGAUACUUUA